CUGGGAUACCACCGACAAUUCAUCCCAAGCGUGCUCUUUGGUGUACGCCAUUUCCCACAAAGUCGGCCGUUAGUCUUCUCUUCUCUGUUUUGAUUUUUGGGGGUUUUUCCAACCGUCGCCACUGAAAAAAGGUCUCCGGUGCUCGGAACACCGUCCCGAUUUCGCUCUGCAGAUUUUCCACUGUCCUCCGAAAUGCCUGCACAAACAAGGAGAAUGUCAUUCCCGAAAGUCGUGAUCGAGAGAGACACGGACUCCGAGGAGAGUUCGUCGGACGACGAAGGAGGCGAUAUCGUGGUAGAAGAAGAGGAGGAGGAGGAAGUUGUUGAACCUAAAUACGGCGAAGUAGAAGAAGAGGAGGAAGAGAAGUUAGCGAUGAAGAAGAAGCCUAUUACUCUUAGUCUGAAGAAAGUGUGCAAGGUGUGCAAGAAAACUGGCCAUGAAGCAGGGUUUAAAGGCGCUACUUAUAUUGACUGUCCCAUGAAGCCUUGUUUCCUCUGCAAAAUGCCUGGACACACAACAAUGACUUGUCCUCAUAGAGUUGCCACUGAAUUUGGAGUUGUCCCUGCGCCUAGGAGAAACACACACAACUCUCUGGAUUAUGUUUUUGAACGGCAGCUUAGGCCUCGUAUUCCAAAAAUGAAACCAGAAUUCAUUAUUCCCGAUCAAGUGAGUUGUGCAGUAAUAAGGUAUCAUAGCAGACGAGUAACAUGUUUGGAGUUCCAUCCUACCAACAAUAACAUUCUCCUUUCCGGUGAUAAGAAAGGACAACUUGGAGUCUGGGAUUUCGGUAAAGUUCAUGAGAAAACUGUCUACAGUAACAUUCAUGGCUGCAUACUUAACAACAUGAAAUUUAAUCCAAGAAAUGAUGGCACUGUGUAUUCUGGAUCUUCUGAUGGAACAGCUGGUUGCACUGAUCUGGAGACUGGGUUAUCAUUUUCAUUGAUGAACCUCAAUCCUAAUGGGUGGCAGGGUCCAAGCUCUUGGAAGAUGCUCUAUGGCCUGGAUAUAAACUCAGAGAAAGGAGUUGUCCUAGUGGCGGAUAACUUUGGAUAUCUCUAUAUGAUUGAUAUGCGCUCCAACAAUCGUACAGGGGAACCUAUUCUGAUUCAUAAGAAAGGAAGCAAAGUUGUUGGUCUCCAUUGCAAUCCUAUUCAACCCGAUCUUCUUUUGAGUUGUGGAAACGAUCACUUUGCUCGUUUAUGGGACAUGCGUCGGAUGGAAACUGGAUCUUCUCUUUAUGAUCUUGCCCACAAAAGAGUCGUCAAUUCAGCAUAUUUUUCACCAGUUAGUGGCAGCAAGAUACUUACAACAGCGCAGGAUAACAGGCUUCGUGUGUGGGAUUCGAUCUUUGGUACCCUUGAUACUCCUAGUCGAGAAAUUGUGCAUAGUCAUGAUUUUAAUAGGCAUCUCACCCCCUUUCGGGCUGAAUGGGACCCAAAGGAUCCAUCAGAGUCUCUUGUUGUUGUUGGGCGAUAUAUUAGUGAAAAUUAUAAUGGAGCUGCUCUGCAUCCAAUUGAUUUUAUAGACAUAACCACGGGACAGUUAGUGGCUGAAAUCAUGGAUCCAAACAUCACUACUAUCAGUCCUGUGAACAAGUUACAUCCGCAUGAUGAUGUUUUGGCCUCUGGUAGUUCAAGGUCUUUAUUUAUCUGGACUCCAAAAGAGAAGUCUGAGGUUCAGAAGCCUGCAGAUGAGAAGAAAAUUAUUCUUUGUGGAAAGGCUGAUAAAAAAACUAAAAAGAAGUUUGGAGAUGAUAGCGAUUCUGACGAUGAUGGUUUUAGUAAAAAGGGUAAGCAAAGUAAGUCGAAAAAACCAUAUCUGGGAUCCCCUCAGCUUGUCAUCAAACAGGAAUCAUAUAAAUCUAAAUCAUCAAAGAAACACUAGCUGGUGGACAAGCUCUAAAAGGAAAGUUUUAUAUUGGCUUUUGCAAUGCAUAAAAACAGGCAACCGGUGAUGUUUUUUUUGGUCCGAGAUAGGUUACAGUUCAUCCCCUGCUGCAUUUCUUUCUAGUGAAGUGUAACCUGUAGCAUCUUUUUGUCGUUCUAUUUCUUCUCUUCCCCAGUCUUUCUUCUUGAGGAGUGUACAUAAGUUGUGUUUGUUGGGCGUAUUUUGUAAGUUUAUAAUGUGUCCUUCAAAUUGAAAUCAGUGUAUGAUUUUUAGAGCUGUAAUUAUGUCCUCAGUUUUUGCGUGUUUUUCCGGAGCGACUGCUUUGGAAGUUGGUCUUGUGUUUCAUAGGAAUUAAGACGAGCACAGAACAAUAUGCAAAAAUAUUUUUACCCAUGUUUAUUUGGGGAGAGUUUGAGGUCUGUACUAGUACUAUAUCGUAGCUUGGCAGUCUGGAAAAUUUUGCAUUCUUCCUACCAUUUUCCCGAUAUCGACCAGGAAUGGGGAAGCAGCGAGUUGACCUGUGUUGUUUCCAAUGUGUUUAACUUCAUUUUCAUUUCGAAGAAUGUUUUUAGACUGUUUGCUUCAAGCACUAAUUUCACUCAGAUAAUUGGAC